AAAAAUCUGAUUUCUUCCCCUAAUUUUUAACAGGCGCGCGAAUAUCGCAAUCUUGAUUUGAAAAAGAAAACAAUUUUCCCCUUCCAUAAUUCAACCCUGUCUCCCUCUGCUACUUCCCACCUCCCGCAACAAUCCAAAAACCCCAUUAGAAAAAGGUGUGUGCAAUUCAAGUAAAUUACCCCAUCAAUAACAAUAUUCCCUAAAAAAAUAUUACUAAUAAAUUACUCCCAUCAAUAUAAUAAUCCCAAACCUGAAAUUAUAACUGUUCUGUUUUGCUGCAAUAAUUUGAACAUCCUCCUGCAUCCCUUCUUGUUGUUUACUCUUUUUUUGUCACUGUAUUUUCAGGUUCUUGCAGAGGUAUCCUACUCUCUCUCCAGAAAGUGUACUGUACACUACAUUCUUUUUUCCUUUUCUUUUUUAAAUUGGCUAUGUAAAGAAAUCAAGAAAGGCGCUUUUUUUAUUAGGGAGGUUUCAUCUUUGCUGUAUUUCUGUUUGUGGGUCGUGGUCGUCUAGUUUCUGGGAGAUAAAGUAGAUCAUUUUUUGUGGGUCAUGCAUAAUUUUUCCAGUCAUUUUCAGGGAUUUUUAUAGGGGCAAUGCCCAAAUUUUUAGUGUUACUUCUGUUGAUAUCUUCAUAUUUCUAUGGGAAUGACAAGUAGUUGGUAGUGGUGGGGGAAUUGCAAGGUGCCAUCAAAGUUGUUGUCUCAAAGUUUUGUGGUUCAAGUUUUUGGAUAUGAACGGUUUUAUAGUCCAAAAUGGCUUUUUUAUUCUUGUUGUGUUUCUCUUUCAGCUUUUCAUUUGAGGUUGGUUGGUUAAGGAUUGGAUUCUAAGCAAAGAUUGACAGUUUACCAGUAUUUGAAUCCUAUUUUUUUACUUCAUCCAAGAGUACGAUAGAAUUUAAUUGUCUGUUGUACUUAUAGUCUCAAAAACUUUUGAGUUAAAUCUCUAUUGCUUCUGGUUGAUGUGUUGAUUUAUAUUUACAUUUUGGGCCAUGAGAUUGGUUUGUUGAUGUUUUGUUUCUGAUAAGCUAUUGUUACUUGUGGUUCUUCAGGAGUAAUAAAGUUUUGAUUAGGAAGAGUCGGGAUGCUGUUGGAGGCCUUGUGUGUUUAGGAUAUUGAAUGUGACUAAUGUAAAUAUAUUUAAGGUGACUGAAUUCAGAUGUAAAUAAGGUUAGUGUAAGAGGUGGGAAGUGCAUUUAGUUUGUCCCAUAGAUGGACAGGAGGAGUUGGCUGUGGCGGCGAAAAUCUUCAGAAAAAAGUCCUAGCGGUGAAACAGAGAGCUCGGGGUCAGUGUCAUCACACUCGGAAAGAUUCUCCGAUGAUCAGACUCUGUCGAAUCAUAAUAUCCAAUCCCCCGAAACUCUGUCGAAUCAUAAUAUCCAAUCCCCCGAAGUAACAUCUAAAGCUGCACCGGAUGAUGAACUAAAUGAUAAUGUGAAGACUCUCUCAGAGAAACUUUCCGAAGCUCUUAUCAAUAUCGGUGCCAAGGAAGACUUGGUUAAGCAACAUGCUAAAGUAGCAGAGGAAGCUGUCUCAGGAUGGGAAAAGGCGGAGAGCGAAGUGUUAGUUCUAAAGAAACAAAAUGAUUCCUUAACUCAGAAGAAUUCAAUCCUCGAGGAACGUGUUGGUCAUCUCGAUGGAGCCCUUAAAGAGUGUUUGAGACAACUUAGGCAAGCAAGAGAAGAUCAAGAAGAGAAACUAUAUGGAGCCAUUGCCAAUAGAAGUAGUGAAUGGGAAUCGAAGAAGUCUGAACUUGAGAAUCAGCUAUCCGAGCUCCAUAAUCAACUUCGAAAUGCAAAAUCAGAGGCUAAUGUGCUCGCUGAUGUUCGCUCUAAACUUGAAGCCGCGGAGAAAGAGAACUCGAUCCUAAAGCUGAAGCUACUUUCGAAAGAGGAAGAACUGGAACAAAGGAUCAGCGAGAGUGAUUUGAGCACUUAUGUUGCUGAGACUGCUAGCAAACAACAUCUUGACAGCAUAAAAAAGGUGGCCAAGCUUGAAGCAGAAUGCCGCCGGCUGAAGGCACUGGUUCGAAAAGCAACAAUGACCAAUGAUCACCAAUCAGUUACCACAUCAUCGGUAUACGUAGAAUCUUUCACAGAUAGUCAAUCGGAUAAUGGAGAGAGAGUACUGUUUAUGGAAAACGAUAGUUUCAGAAUAAGUGGAUUGGAGUCGAUUGAUAAUGAGCCCUGCUAUCCUGACUCCCGGGCAUCUGCGUUAAGGAAAGACUUAGAACAAUCUAAGCACGAACGAGCUCCUGGAAGGAGUCUCAUUGUUCCUUCCGUUGAGAUUGAUCUAAUGGAUGAUUUUCUUGAGAUGGAGAGGCUUGCAGCCCAAUCUGAAACGCAUAAUGGAAGCGGGCCUGGUUCAAGGAUCGAUGGUGAAGAAAGUAUAUUGAGAAAUGAACUGGAUGCAAUGACAAAACGUGCAACUGGACUCGAGGAUAGUUUAAAGAAGAUAACAGCAGAGAAAGUGAAUUUGGAGAUUGCUCUUUAUGAAAACCAAAUUAAGCUCAUGGCAUCGGAGAAUCAACUCAAGCAAACAGAGGUGACAUUAGUGGACCUGAGAAAGCAGCUUGUUCUGGCUGAUGAAGCUAAGAGAGAUGCACAUAAACAAGUUGAGUGUUCGAAUGUGAAGCUCGAGAACUCAACAAAACUCUUAGAUGAAGCAGAAGGGAAACUGAUCAUGGUUCAGGAUAAGUUAAGUGAAGCAGAAAGGAAACUGAUCAAGUUUCAGGAUAAGUUAAGUGAAGUGAAUGAAUUGAAGAACGAACUUGAGUUGCAACUUGAAGAUGCCAAUUUAAAGAAAGUGGAAUCAGAGUCUAAACUCAAAGUGAUGGAACUCGAGUUGAAAACCUUGCGUUCAAGCAUUAGUACCUUACAGAAAGAAGUCGAGAAAGAAAAGAUUCAUUCGAGGGAAGCUAUUGCCAAAUGUGAUAAACUGGAAGCUGAACUAUCAGGAACGAAAUCCAACUCUCAACUGCAGAGAUCAGCAAUCAUAGAGGAGUUCAGAGUUAAUCAGGAUAAAGAGCUGGCUGCAGCCGCUGGUAGAUUCGCUGAGUGUCAAAAGACGAUUGCUUCCCUUGGUCGCCAGCUGAAAACUCUUGCCACGUUUGAAGAUUUCUUGAUUGACUCUGAAACACCAAUAGCAGUCCUUUAAGAAAGUAGUCGUGUUUCAAGCUUGAUGAGGGUCUUGAAAAUCGCCUUUUUCAGUGCUUGACCGGUGCUGAGAGGGACCUCUGCACCAGCUAUGUGUUGUUCAGGCUGCUAUGGAUUGGUGGGAGCACCUAUAAAUUGGAAAGCUUGGAAGGGGAGAGCAUUGAUCUGUACGUUACCAAGGUAUGAACGAGGCUGCAACAUUUUAUUUUAGCUACCAUCGAUUGAUUGUUUAUAAUUGUCACGAAUAAUUUAAUUAUAUUAUAAAGUUUAUGCUAUGAGCAGAUAGUACAGAUAUAUAGAAUGAUACAAGGCAAGUAUUCAACUUGUUGAUUUUGCCUUCCAUUUUGCACGGCACCAUCUGUUGUAUAAAAAAACUCUAUAUAUGUGGAGGGGAAAGUCUCAUUUAUUCUUUUGAA